GUGGCGCCGCGCCCCCCGCCAUGCGCCAGCCGCAGCCGGCGCGGGACGAGCUCCCGGAGGACUUCUACAUCCCGAUGGCGCUGGAGGCGCCCAACCUGACGGCGCUCAGCCCCUUCCUGGUGCCGCAGACCCACCUGGGCAGCCCGGGGGUCUUCCGGGGGAUGGCGGGGUUCAUGUUCGUGCUGAUCGCGCUGGGGGUGCCCAUCAACAGCCUCACCAUCUUCUGCACCGCCAAGUACAAGAAGCUGCGCUCGCACCUCAACUACAUCCUGGUCAACCUGGCGGUCUCCAACCUGCUCGUCAUCUGCGUCGGCUCCACCACCGCCUUCUACAGCUUCUCCCAGAUGUACUUCGCCCUGGGGCCCACCGCCUGCAAGAUCGAGGGCUUCGCCGCCACCCUGGGAGGUAGCGGGGGCGCGGGGGGGACGCGGGGAC